UGCCGAUAAAAUGGCUACUGAAAGGCGUUCCAAGAAUAUACAUGAUCCUCGCAGAAUUCCAAAUCCACCAAUUGCUAAAUCGUCAAACAAAAUAGAUGCGGCUACAGUGACGAAGAGGAAAAAAACUACUGAUGUUGUUCCGGCCAGCAAGGGGAAACAAGUCGUAGAGGCUGAAGCAGAAGAAGAUCAAUUACCUGUGAAGAAACAGGACCCUAAAUUCCUUGUUAAAUUUCCUCCAACUCAUCCUAUACGAUAUGCUUCGUACAUGAACUACAAUAUAAAAAGGACUUGGAGGACAAACUUACAGAAAGACGGCAGCAGCUAUUUUCUAAAACUAUAUUUGGAAAAUACUUGCAGAUGCAACAUUGUGAAGUCCAAGGGCAGCUGUUCCGGUGUUUAA